CUGUAUGUUUGCUACAGGAGCAGUUAGUCUCAUCUACAUGCGCAAACAUUAGCCAGGUGAGAUAAACCUCAAUGAAAUAACCCCUUGGUUACCCAUGAAGAUCUGUAAUCAUUAAUAGUAUGAUCAGUACCUUGGAACAACAUCACUUAUAGACAUACCAGGUUUUUAUAGCAAGGCUGGCUUUCCCAAGGGAAGGCUGCUCUGAAACCAUGAGACUACUGUGCACUCUGGAGUAUUCAGUAUACAGGGUCUUUGCGCUUCUUUUCUUGGGUCGUGUCCAACUCAUUGAAGCUGAGAAGUUGUUGGCAAUACCCUUGGAUGGCAGCCACUGGCUGAGCAUGAGGAUACUUGUAGAGAGCUUGGGGCAGAGGGGCAAUCAGGUUGUGGUACUGGCCCCUCACAGCAACAUUCAUAUACAUCCUUCAGAGAACUACAUCCUAAGGACAUACCCGGUGCCAUACAGUAAGGAGCUUCUGAAAGAACAAAUGGUGAAAUCUGCCAAUGAUGUGUUUACUAAGAGACCACUUCUGGACAAAAUAACAAAUAUGUACCAAAGGAUAACCAAUGUCACAGGAAUAGUGUUCUCUGCGUGCCAGCACCUUCUGCACAGUAAGGAGAUUAUGCAAGAACUCCAGGAAUCUGCAUUUGAUGCUGCUUUAAUAGAUCCUUUUUUUCCUUGUGGCAUGAUUGUGGCUGAGUAUCUCCAUCUGCCUUCUGUGUAUUUACUUUAUGGUCUUCCAUGUGGCAUUGACCGUCUGGCCACACAGUGUCCAAGUCCCCUUUCUUAUGUGCCCAGGCAUUUCACUGGGAAUACUGACCACAUGAGCUUUCCACAAAGGCUAAAGAACGCUCUGCUGUGGCCAGUGGAUACCUUUCUCUGUAAUCUUCUCUAUUCCCCCUAUGCCCAACUAGCCUCAGAGUUCCUGCACAGGGAAAUGACCAUUCUGCAGCUUUACAGUCAGACGUCCGUUUGGCUGAUGAAAACUGACUUCGUUUUUGAUUACCCUCGACCACUAAUGCCAAACAUGGUAUUUGUUGGGGGUAUUAAUUGUGUAGGUGAGCAGCACCUAAACCAGGAGUUUGAGAAGCUGGUUAACAGCUCUGGGGAACAUGGAUUUGUGGUGUUUUCCUUGGGAUCCAUGGUGUCUGAAAUUCCCAUGAAUAAAGCCAUGGAUAUAGCAGAAGCUCUGAAAUCCAUUCCUCAGAAGGUUUUCUGGAGGUACACAGGGAAAGCACCUCCAAAUCUGGGAGAGAAUACCCAUCUAGUGAAGUGGCUGCCACAGAAUGAUCUGCUUGCCCAUCCCAAAGCUCGUGCCUUCAUCACUCACGCUGGAUCACAUGGCAUUUAUGAGGGAAUCUGUAAUGCGGUCCCCAUGGUCAUGAUGCCAUUGUUUGGGGACCAGAUGGAUAAUGCAAAGCGUAUUGAGUCUCGGGGAGCAGGAUUGACUCUCAAUGUGCUGCACAUGACCCCUGAGGACCUCAGCAAUGCAGUGAGGGCUGUUAUAAACAAUCCAGUCUACAAGGAGAACAUUCAGCGCAUGUCUUCUCUGCACCUGGACAGACCAAUCCAUCCCCUGGACCUUGCUGUGCACUGGGUGGAGUUUGUUAUGAGACACAAAGGUGCCCCCCACCUGCGCCCGGCCGCUCAUGAUUUAAAUUGGUUUCAGUAUUACUCUCUGGAUGUUAUUGGCUUCCUACUGGCUGUACUGCUCACCGCACUGUUCAUCAGCCUUAAGUGCUGCACUUUUGUCUUUCGACGUUGCUUCAAAAGGAAUUCCAAGAAACAACGUAAAUCCAAGUCUCAGUAGGAUUUAUACCAUUUCCAUAUUACAUUAGUGGAAUAUUUCCUUUUGCUGAAACAUGAACUCUAACACAGUGCUGGGAUGUUCAUCAGAACCCACAUACCAUUUUCACUAGCACUGUGGAAUACUGUAGUACAACCCAUCUUGGGAAACACUAGUGUGCAGUACUGUGGCUUUCCUUUCAUUUAUGUCUUGGAAACAGGUAUUUUUAUUGCAAGGGAAUUAUCUCAUAAGAAUAAUAAAGUUUCCUUUAUAGAAGUUUUUUUUUUUUUUUUUUGCAAACUGUGUGUUUAGCUGGUUUAUUUUCUUUUGAUACUUGGAAUAUGUAUAGAGCUAGUUAUCCUGUAUGUUGGUUAAUAAAUUGCUUUUGGUUAAAAAGGUAA